GUCUGCAUGCGGCAUUCGCCUGUAGAGCAGGCGUCAAGACGACGAUAACCGCUGCGUUAUCUCUCGCCUCCCACUGUCCUGGAUGACGGUUGCUGUCACCGGAAGCUUACCUGGCAGUGCGUCCUGGAGGUCAAUGACCAUCAUCUGUUCUUGUAGUCAGAAUCUGCUUUACGGAGAGGUUUCCAACGAUGAGCAACAGGACCACAUCGAAGUCACAAAUCAAAGGUAGUCCGGGUUUGGAGCCCUUAUUGCUCCGCUACCCACCUUGCAAGCCAGCGACCAAAUUACAGUGGUUACCUCAACGUGGGGAUUUGCAGGAUUUACGAAGUCGUUUCGGGUUUCAAGUCCCUAUGUCUGUGGAAUACCUGCCACCGAAGCCACAGGCUUGUAGACCAGUUUCUGUCCGGACUCGAUCCGUCGUGCAGUACCUUCAGGACCUCUGCCAGAAGCAAACGGAAUUCCAGAGAUCAGUGUUUACAGACCCCCAGGAGAAGAUGAUGGAGCAGGCUGCGGACCGCAAUAGUUCCUGGUCCAUUUAUACUGCCAAACAACGCCGCAUGCAAAAUGAAGCCAAGAAGAAGGCCGAGCCCCUCGUCACAAAGGAGGACUGGGUAGAAUUCCAUGGACUUUUCCCCGCCUGCUGUCAGGAUGCUAAGAGAGCGUCCAAAGAUCGCUUGUACGGGCUUAAGAAAAAGAAACCCCCGAGCCAGUAUAAAGCCAGUAUGAAGUUGGCGGAAGCGUGGUCACGCCGUCUAAACCGAUUGAAUGAUGAGUCUCAGCGCUUUGGGCAGCAUGACCAACACUGUGCACAAGUCAGGAUGUGCAAGAUACAAAUGACUCAGGAACAUCAAAACAGAUGUUUCGACAUGUUAAAUUCAUAUGAAGAGAGGACCGACCCACGCAGGCUGACGAUAAAGUUCGAACAGAUGAGAAAGUCUAUCGCAAGACAACCAAGACCAAGAUGUCCAAGAACUUUGAAAUCAGUCGACAUUCCUGUGGUGUACAGACAUUCUGAAGCAGAGGAACCGGUUUUGCUUGUAUUUGAGGAUGAUCAGGUCAACAAUGAACAUCAGCCGAGUAGUUCACCAGGGCACAACGGCGAAAGCCAUAGAGACGAUGAGAUCCUCCAGUGGCAGGACCGCGAUGACAAACACAUUUAGAGGUUUGAUUCACUGUGAUAGACAUCAGUAACUGAGCGAGAAGGUAGCCCUCCCUCCCUCGUGGGAGUAUGUAUUCUCGGAAAGCUAUCGAAAUAUUUCAACAAUAUUUUUUUAUGUGAAA